AUGGCACCAUCACCCACAGAAAACGCCAAGUGGUCGACCAACUUCGACACGGUGCGCCGCCACAACCUCUUCCGCAACCCUCCGUCAGACAAGUCGGCAUACCCUACCCUCGCCUCGGCCGUCGACCCCCAUGUCCAAUCAUUCAACGCCGUCUUCGCAGAGAAGGGUCAGCUUUACCAUGCUCUCCGCGACAUUGGAACCAAGACCUUCUUCGAUGGCAACCCAAACGAGUCCUUCUCGGCCGACGGUCCCAGACGCAACAAGCUUCAGGUUCGCGUGAAGGAGGUUUUCCUCGAGAAGAGCAUGCUUCCUCCGUCCAACAAGAUCGACAAGAAGCGCGAGAUCCUGCCCGUAGAGUGCAGAGAACGCCAUUGCACCUACAGAGGUCGUUUCAGAGGCCGCUUCGAGUGGCGCAUCAACGAGGGCGAGUGGAGGGAGAGUGUCAGAGAGUUUGGUUCUCUGCCUAUCAUGUUGCGUGGCCUUUCACCAAAAGAGCUUGUCGACAAGAGAGAAGAAACGGAAGAGCUGGGAGGAUACUUCAUUGUCAACGGUAUCGAGAAGCUGAUCCGUAUGCUCAUUGUCAACCGACGAAACUACCCCAUGGCCAUCAUCCGUCCCUCUUUCGUCAACAGAGGCGCAACCUACACAAAGUUCGGUAUCCAGAUCCGCUCCGUCAGACCCGACCAGACCUCGCAAACCAACGUCCUCCACUACCUCAACGACGGCAACGUCACCUUCCGUUUCUCAUGGCGCAAAAACGAAUACCUCAUCCCCGUUAUGAUGAUUUUCAAGGCUCUGGUUGAAACGAAUGACCGCGAGAUCUUCGAAGGUCUGGUCGGUCCUGCAGGAAGCAAGGGCAUUGAAGAGAAGCAGUUUGUCACUGAUCGCGUUGAACUUCUGCUACGCACAUACAAGGCAUACAACGUUCAUGGCCAGGCAAAGACACGCGCAUACCUCGGAAGCAAAUUCCGCGUUGUCUUGAGUGUUCCUGAUGACAUGUCUGACGAGAAUGCUGGUGUUGAAUUCUUGAGAAGAAUUGUUCUCCCUCACUUGGGAACAUCCGAGAACAAGGAGACCAACGACGCCGACAAGUUCCGCAUGCUGCUUUUCAUGACCAGAAAGCUGUACUCUCUUGUCGAGGGAGAAUGCGCUGUCGACAACCCUGAUGCUGUCCAGAACCAGGAAAUUCUCUUGCCUGGUUUCCUCUACGGUAUGAUUGUCAAGGAGCGCAUCGAGGAGUGGCUGAACUCCAUCGGCCUGCAACUUCGUGACUGGGGCAGAACCACCAAUUGGGCAUCGAUUGUUUCGGACGAGUUUGAGCGAGACUUCAGCGCAAAGAUCCUUCGCAGAACCAACGAGAACUUGGCACAGGCUCUGGACUACUUCUUGUCUACUGGUAACCUCGUCUCACCCAGUGGUCUCGACUUGCAACAGACCUCUGGUUUCACCGUUGUUGCCGAAAAGAUCAACUUCUGGCGUUUCAUCAGUCAUUUCCGCAUGGUUCACAGAGGUAGUUUCUUCGCCCAGCUUAAGACCACAACUGUCAGAAAGCUGUUGCCCGAGAGUUGGGGUUUCCUCUGUCCUGUUCACACGCCCGAUGGUUCUCCUUGCGGUCUUCUCAAUCAUUUGGCUCACAAGUGCAAGAUUGCCACAAAGAGCGUCGACACCAAGGCCAUUCCCGGCCUCAUCUCACAACUCGGUGUUACUGAGACUCCUUCUGCCUCGGUCGAGGACAGCGUCGUUGUUAUGCUCGACGGUCGUAUCCUCGGUUUCUGUUCUCCCCAACAAGCUCGUGUGAUUGGAGACACUCUUCGCUACUGGAAGGUCGAGGGUACCCACGGCGUUCCUUCCGAAUUGGAGAUUGGUUACAUUCCCAACUCGAACGGAGGUCAAUACCCUGGUGUCUACAUGUUCUCACAGGCAGCCAGAAUGUUCAGACCCGUCAAGUACCUGCCUCUUGGUAAGGAGGACUUUGUCGGUCCUUUCGAGCAGCCCUUCAUGUCAAUUGCUUGCACAGAACCCGAAAUUGUCUCCGGCGACUCAACACACGUCGAAUUCGACCCCACCAACAUCCUCUCUAUUCUCGCCAACCAAACUCCUUUCUCAGACUUUAACCAGUCUCCUCGUAACAUACCUCCUCUCUACAACGAGUACGGCUUGGACAACUUCCCUAACGGAACCAACGCCGUUGUUGCUGUCAUCUCAUACACUGGUUACGACAUGGAUGACGCCAUGAUUAUCAACAAGUCUGCCCACGAGCGCGGCUUUGGUCACGGAACCGUUUACAAGACCAAGAAGAUUGAUCUCGCAGAGGACAAUGGCGGCAGACGUGGUCGUGGAGCUGUCAAGAAGCUCUUUGGUUUCGCACCCGGCGGUCUUGUCCGCGCACAAUGGCGCGCAACCCUUGAUGACGAUGGUUUGAUCGCUGUCGGCAUGAAAGUCAAGGAGGGUGACAUCAUUGCUGCAUCGCACACUGUCACCAAAGAUCCCAUCACUGGCGAGUAUGUCAACCGUGAUGGCAUCACCCACUNNCUGCACAAGUACAAGGACCAUGAGGAAGCUUUCGUUGAGGAGAUUAAGAUGCUCGGCACAGACACUGGCGGUGAUGAACCCUGCCAGAUGCUCAGUGUUAGACUCCGCAUCCCUCGUUCGCCUGUCAUUGGUGACAAGUUCUCUUCUCGUCACGGACAGAAGGGUGUCUGCUCACAGAAGUGGCCUGCUAUGGAUAUGCCAUUCAGCGAGAGCGGCAUUCAACCCGAUGUCAUCAUCAACCCUCACGCUUUCCCUUCGCGUAUGACCAUCGGUAUGUUCGUCGAGUCGCUGGCCGGCAAGGCUGGAUGUUUGCACGGUGUCGCACAAGACAGCACACCGUUCAAGUUCAAGGACACAGCAGGCGAAACCGCCGUCGAGUACUUUGGUCACCAGCUGAAGCGUGCUGGUUUCAACUAUUACGGCAACGAGCCCAUGUACUCUGGCAUCACAGGUCAAGAGCUUGGUGCCGAUAUUUACAUGGGUGUUGUUUACUACCAACGUUUGCGUCACAUGGUCAACGACAAGUUCCAAGUCCGUACCACCGGUCCCGUCACAGCAUUAACCGGCCAACCCAUCAAGGGUCGUGCUAAGGGUGGUGGUAUCCGUGUUGGUGAGAUGGAGAGAGAUUCUCUUAUUGCCCACGGUACAGCAUUCCUGCUGCAAGAUCGUCUGAUGAACUGUUCCGAUUACCAAAAAGCGUGGAUUUGCCGUAGCUGCGGUUCUUUCCUUUCCGCGCAACCAACCGUCAACCAGUAUGGCCACAAGAAGGGCGUCAACGCCAGCAACGUCAGGUGCAGAAGAUGUAGUACAAAGGCUACUGGUUCUGAGCCCAGAAGCGACACCUGGGAGGACGGCAGAGGUGACAAGUUCGUUGGUGGUUCCGAUGUCACUGUCGUCGCAGUGCCUGGUGUCCUGCGUUACUUGGACGUCGAGUUGGCGGCUAUGGGUGUCAAGAUGAAGUUCGACAUUACGCCAUAG